AGGAAGCUCGUGCGCCGCAGUAGCGCCCAGACCGAGAAGACGGGCCGUUCCCCGGGAUCCCUUCCCAAGGGCCGGGCCGCGGAAGAAAACAGCCCAAAGAUGAGAGUGAUUCGCGUGGGUACCCGCAAGAGCCAGCUGGCGCGCAUACAGACGGACAGCGUGGUGGCAAUGCUGAAAACCUUAAACCCAGGCCUGCAGUUUGAAAUCGUUGCUAUGUCCACCACAGGGGACAAGAUUCUUGAUACUGCACUCUCUAAGAUUGGAGAGAAGAGCCUGUUUACCAAGGAGCUGGAGCACGCGUUAGAGAAGAAUGAAGUGGACCUGGUCGUUCACUCCCUGAAGGACCUGCCCACUGUGCUUCCUCCAGGCUUCACCAUUGGAGCCGUCUGCAAGCGAGAGAACCCCUAUGAUGCUGUUGUCUUUCACCCAAAAUUUGUUGGGAAGACCCUAGAGACCUUGCCAGAGAAGAGUGUGGUGGGAACCAGCUCCCUGCGAAGAGCGGCCCAGCUGCAGAGAAAGUUCCCACAUCUGCAGUUCAAGAGCAUCCGGGGAAACCUCAACACUCGGCUUCAGAAGCUGGACGAGCUGCAGGAGUUCAGUGCCAUCAUCUUGGCCGCAGCGGGCCUGCAGCGCAUGGGCUGGCAGAACCGCGUGGGGCAGAUCCUGCACCCCGAGGAAUGCAUGUACGCUGUGGGUCAGGGGGCCCUGGGCGUGGAAGUGCGAGCCAAGGACCAGGACAUCUUAGACCUGGUGGGCAUGUUGCACCAUCCUGAGACCCUGCUUUGCUGCAUUGCCGAACGAGCCUUCCUAAAGCACCUGGAAGGAGGCUGCAGCGUACCUGUAGCAGUGCACACAGCUAUUCAGGAUGGACAACUGUACCUGACUGGAGGAGUCUGGAGUCUGGAUGGCUCAGAGAGCAUGCAAGAGACCAUGCAGGCCACCAUCCACAUCCCUGCCCAGCAUGAAGAUGGCCCUGAAGAUGACCCACAGUUGGUGGGCAUCACUGCCCAGAACAUUCCACGAGCAGCCCAGCUGGCUGCUGAGAACCUGGGCACCAGCCUGGCCAACUUGUUGCUGAACAAAGGAGCCAAGAACAUCUUGGACGUCGCACGGCAGCUUAAUGAUGCCCACUGACUGGUCUGUGGUGGGCUGCUGCCGCCCAGGCUGGCACCCUAGGCCUCAGGGGCCUGAACUGCAGUCAGACUUCCAGGGAUGGCCUUGCCUGCUCAGUAGGUGGGGCCUCAUCUCUUUAGAGCCCAAGCCUUUGAAAUGUAAUCAACUCUGCUAAUAAACCAGCUCUGAAGGUG